AUGCAGAGCUGGUUCCCGAUGGCUUGUCUCCUUAUCGCUAUCUUAAUCUUGGAAUCUAGUGAGUAAUGUUUGAUGCAAUGUAGCUUUUCUAGGUGGGGCACAGCUGCGGAGAUGACCUCGGGAUAGCUGCCUUGUCCCUCUGGGAUACACCGAGGGCAAGAUCCCACGAUGGACACUUUCUGCACUCCAGGAGGCCCAGAUCCUGUGUGACUGGGAGUGCCGGGAAGGUGGCCAUGGCCAAAAAGCCUGUGGGUGACCUUGGUGAGGGCUCCCCGUGGCUCCCAGGGGUGGGUUUGGCAGGUACGCUGGAGGCUCCAGGGAACUACCAGAACAAUGCAUCAAUGCAUCAAUCAGAGGCUGCAUAAUGGAUCUGCAGAUAAGUGCUGUUUGACUGCAAAUAUCUUUAUAUAUGUUAGUGUCAGGGUCUUGCUAAUUGAGCCGGUCUAGGGUUUCUUUCAUCUGGGCUUGAGGGGAACCAAUCUAGUUGACCUUAUUGCCCUUGACUUGCUUCCUGCUGGUUGUCUGGCCUGUCCAGCCAAGGGGACUCGGUCUUUCUGGAGAUGGGUGGCCUUCUUAAGCGCGCCUCCUCGGCUUCUUUAACUGAAAGCGAUGGACUUCUGGGUAGGAUUUAUAACAUACGGUGCAACUUAUGGGCUGGACGCUGAGGUAGGUACGAGGUGAUCCGUUGGGACCCUGUCACAUGUGGGGUUCGGGGUUGGAGAGGGAGAAUUGGUAUUAAUGUCUUACUUUGCAGAUUAGGAAGCCCAGAGAAAGGUUCAGCAGCCCCAGAAUUAGAACCUAGGUCCCAUUGUUGAUCUGACACCUACCGCACUACUCUUUGGCACUUAGCUCAAAUAGGUAGCUGGGUUCUGUUACUGUAGCAAUGUAUCGCACAGGAGGUCUCCAUUUUUGACUGCCAAAACUACUUGUAGCCGUCAGAGACUUAGCCAUCAUUUUGGGAUGUCGUGUUUGAUUCAGCGGCAUGGAAUCGACCUCCUCUUGUCUUCUCUCCUCCCUCAGACCCUGCUCAGUGGCUCCUUCACAGGUUUUUUCCACCCAACUGUCCAAAGAGUGGAAGUUAACAAUAUAGCCGCAUGUUUCAGUUCGUGGAUUUCCACGCGGCGGCCUCCACCUGCUCUCCCUCCCGUGCCUCGUUGCUCACGGGCCGGCUGGGCAUCCGCAAUGGCGUUACACACAACUUCGCCGUCACGUCGGUGGGCGGCCUCCCCCUGAACGAGACCACCUUGGCCGAAGUCCUGCGGGAGGCCGGCUAUGCUACAGGGGUGAUAGGUAAAUGGCAUUUGGGACACGCCGGCCCCUACCACCCCAACUUCCGUGGCUUCGACUAUUACUUUGGAAUCCCAUACAGUCAUGACAUGGGGUGCACUGACACCCCGGGGUACAACUGGCCCCCCUGCCCGCCCUGCCCACGGGAGCCUGGAUCCCCCAGCCACAGAGUCAAAGACUGUUACACCGAUAUAGCCGUGCCCCUCUUCGAGAACCUCCGCAUCGUGGAGCAACCCGUGAACCUGACCCGCCUGGCCGACCGGUAUGUCCAGAAAGCUGCAGGAUUCAUCCGCUGGGCAAGGGAGCAAGGCGUCCCGUUCCUGCUCUACCUGGCCCCGGCCGCCAUGCACGUCCCGCUGCCCACGGCCCAGGGGGAGGCGGCCGGGCCGGAUCCCUACCGUGCCGGACUGCGGGCACUGGACCGGAUGCUCGGCCGCAUCAAGGACCAAGUGGAUGCGGCGGGGCGGGGGACCACCUUGCUCUGGUUCUCAGGGGACAAUGGCCCUUGGGCUCGGAAGUGCCAGUUGGCUGGGAGCGUGGGACCGUUCCUGGGGGCCUGGCAAACACGUCAAGGCGGAAGUGCUGCCAAGCAGACCACCUGGGAAGGCGGCCACAGAGUCCCGGCGUUCGCCUAUUGGCCGGGUCACAUCCCAGCCAACGUGACCAGUCCGGCCUUAUUAAGCUCUCUGGACAUCUUCCCCACGCUGGUUUCACUGGCCGGAGCCCGCCUGCCCUCCUGGCGACGCUACGAUGGCCUGGACGUGUCGGAGGUGUUACUGGGUCGCUCGCAGGUGGGGCACGAGGUGCUGGUUCAUCCCAACAGCGGGGUGGCUCGUCCGCCAGGAGACCUGCAGGUCGUCAGAUGGAAAAGCUAUAAGGCUCUGCAUCAUACUGGAGGUGCAGAAGCGUGCGAUGGGACUUUGGGCCCCGAGCGCCGUCACCGUCCCCCCCUUAUUUUCAACCUGGCUCAAGACUCAAGUGAGGGGGAAGCCCUGGACCCCCAAAGUCCAGAAUACCUGACGGCACUGCCCGGACUUUCUGCCGCCCUGGACACCGUGUUACAGGAUGUGGCUAGCGACAACAUCUCCGUGGCAGACUACUCCCACGACGCCGGUGCCGUCCCGUGUUGCGAUCCAUUGGGGGUGGCCUGUCGCUGCCCAGAUCCCGGCCCUUAGGGGAGGGGGCCGCCCGUCACCCAACUCCCAAAAUGAAUUCCAACACCACCGUUGGACACAUCUGAUUUUAUUCUUUGUUUUUAAGUCACCACGUUAUUUGUUGCAAAAAUCAUUUUCCAGA